CGUCCUCCUCCUUCUCUCCGCCUCAACUCACGACCACCCCAAAAAAAAAACAUGCAUAAAACGGUUCAUCUGGUACUGACCAGGCUCAGAUACGAACGGGACCGCGAAAUCUGUGGAACCGCUCACCGUCUCUGAGUCCAAGCGUCGCCCCGCCAAUUGAGCUUCCAGGCGGGCUUGUGCUCUCGCUGUUCCCGCUUGACUCGACUUCUCCCCUCCGGGCAGGACGAACACUGGCGACCAUGGGUUCGUCUCGGCUUGUACUUCACGCUGCUGUUGGGGCUCUCUUGGUUCUGCUGUGCUCGGCCGACCAUGAUGAGCAUAACUUGGAGCAGCGCGCGGUCACCUUUGACCUUGGGGAAAUCAUGCAAGAGAUGCAAGCCCCCGAUUCCUUUGUGCUGCAACAAGAAGUUGACUUGUCAGAUUUGGUUGAUACAAGAGGUUUUCCCAUGCAAGAAAUAUUGGACACUCCAAAAGGGCGAGGUUCCAGACCAGCAUCCUUUUCACCUAGAGGACGUCGUCCAAGCGUCACAUCCCGCUCCGAGAUACCCGCGCUGGAUUAUCCCGUUGAGUUCCCACUCGGGCAACCCACCUCCGACAAUCUCCAUGCCAUCUGUCUCAACGGAGACCUUCGUCCUCGCUACCCCAACUCCUACUUCCCCCGCUCAGGUUUUGGAAAGCUGCGGCGGAUGGCGAGCGCAAUCAAUAAUGCCGAGUCGUGGUUGAGCUCGUGCUGCGCAGGCAACCAGACGUGGGGGACGGAGGUGACGCUUUGCUGCGCCACGCAGGCGUGGGAGCUGUCUGUGGAAAACUUCUGCGAGGAGGACUCAUCGGUCAAAGAUCGUCUUUAUCACUGCUGCAGAAAGUCUGGCCGUCAAAGGCUCAACUGCUUCCAGAACGACUCUCCCAAUCCGGGCUACGAGCCGACCGAGCCUUUACCGGUUGACGCGCUUCCCGCUACGAUCCACUUCAGUUUUGACAACAGCACUUGUGCCAGGACAGCCGUGAGUCAACCGAGGGCCAGUGAACUGUCUGCUUCCCAGAAAAGUGAAAUCAACUUCCCCCCUGGUCGGCCCACCGUGGAUAACAUGGAAGCGCUGUGUCGCAACCAGAAGCAGCGCCCCCUGUACAGCCUCAAGUGCCUUCCAAGCAGCGGCUUCGAGCUGCUGUCUCGUAAGGCCAAGAUCAUCAAUCGUGUGGAGAAGGGAUAUAAACAGUGCUGCAAGAAGAACCAGGAUGUGCUUGCGUGCGCUCAGCAAAAGUGGAGUGACGCGCUCCGCAGGUUUUGCUCCAGUGAGAAGACCGGCAAGGUUGACGACGAGUGUUGUUCGGGUAGCACGACCGACGAAAGACUCGAGUGUUUCCAGUCGGCGUCUCCUGACCCGCAAUACAACGAGACCGCGUCCCAGGAAGAAUCGUCUGAAAUCUGUCAGUUCCGAAAGAUCAUCAAGAAAGUGUUGCCCAAUGACUUUCACGCCAUGAAAAUUCUGAACGAAUGCUGUGCUGGGUCACCAGAAGAUCACACCGCUUGCUUUGUCCAAAAGGUUGAGGAAACAUCAGUCGGUUUGUGUACGUCAAGGAACACAUCCCCGCCCGUCGCUCGCCGCUGUUGCCGAAUGGCUAGUCAGGAGCAGCCAAAGUGCGUCAGUAACUUUGUCAUGGAUGCCAUCACCAAGGCAACCAAGGUCUCCAACCAGAAAAAGAAGAAAAUAUGUCCCCUUUAAAAAUCCACCCUAACAAAUGAUGUGGUUGCAGCAGCUCACUGAACAAAAGUACUCGUCUUGCACAAAUGCCACUUUUAAACACGUGGACCAAAUUUGUGCCUCAUCUACUGCCAGUAUUAUUUGUAGCUUUGUAUCUAAAGGUCGUGAGAAAUAUCUUUCUCCUGAGUGCCUUGCUAAAGAAUUUUUUUAGAAAUAGUUUAAUGCUUACUUUAUGAAUCAGAUUGUUGUCUGUGUGUGUACCACUAUUUUUAAAGGCUGCUCUAUACGUAUAUUUUUGGAUUAAUAUGCAUUUUGUUGUUUCUUUUAAACCCCCAAGGCUGAUUUUCUUUUAUUUGGGGUGUGUUUCUUGUCAAGCUUACAUCCAAAGCAGUUCUAAUAAAAUGUAUUUUUUUGUAAUUUUA